UACAAAAAUUCUUCACCAGGAUAAAACCUCAAAUCUCAAGGCCUCACAGUCUCACACCAAGAAUCUAGCUUCAAAAGCACUCCCUUUUCCUCUCUUUGCCCCAACAAUUCUGAUUCCCUAAACCAUUACCAUAUCUCCCCGCAAACUUUCUCAAGAUGAAAGGAAUAGAUGUACUCUGUGCAUCACAAGCUGCAACAGCCAUAUGCCUUAGCAUGGAUCAAGCUUCUUCUUCCUCUUCCUCUGUUACACUCGGCAGCGGCCCAGCCAUCGACCGAUACAAUCCCAUUAUCACAGACUCAAGAAGAACUGCCACACAACUCCCUCCUUGCACUAAUACUUCUCAUCAGCCACCUAUCACCCCAAAACCUCAAAGAAAUCACCACAAGAAGAAAAACAAGAAGACCACUCUUAAGGAAAAUUCUGGUCAAGCCAAGAAGAGUGAUGUUGAUGGUGAAAAGACAACAAAAGUCAGCAGUCAGACCUCUGCUGUUGGAAGGAAGAGCUGGGGCUGCACCAAGCCUGGUGACUUCAUCAGCCCUCAUGGUUCUACUAGGUAUUUGCUGAGUGACAAAGUUGUCAUCAACGGUAUAUCAGAUAUGGAUCCGGCCCUUAAGUUAUUUCCUGAUGAAAUAUCCAAGUGUAAGGCGCCUGCUGAGAAGACAAAUGAAUCAUCUGCCUCUCCAGACCAGGUGGUUGUUCUGAGAGUGUCAUUACACUGCAGAGGCUGUGAAAGGAAAAUGAGAAAACAUAUAUCUAGAAUGGAAGGGGUGACAUCUUUCAACAUAGAUUUUGCAGCAAAAAAGGUGACGGUGACAGGGAACGUAACACCGUUGGAGGUGCUCUCGAGCAUAUCUAAGGUGAAGAAUGCCCAACUCUGGUCUCCAACAGUACCAUCAUCCACUACACCAGUAGUUAAUAUGAGCCAUGACUACUCUGGAUUCAAGAAUGAGUACAAAGGAGCUGGUGCUUAGGCCAUAGAUAAUGGGCUUCUCUUUUAGUACCAUCUUGGCCAAACCAUUGUAAAUUCAUUCACGAGGGAUUCUGUGCAAUUUGUUCUUGAAUUCAAGAUUGUGAAGAAAAGACUACUGCAGCUCUUUUGUUUCAACUCAUAAUUUGCUCGGUUUGGCAUGUAAUUUGGUGUGUGUGUUGAUGCAACACAACUUUUCUUUGCAGGAAUUUCUAAUCGGAAUGGGUUUGGCCAGACAAAGCCAAUUAUAUGGCGAGUGUCGUACAUUUGUCA